ACAUAUAGAAUCUGAAUUAUAUUUGUUUCGUUUUUAUUCUUUUGUUAUCUGUUAAAGAUAAAACAUCAAAGAUGCAAAGGCAAUACACAGAGAUAUAUGCUCAAGAUUCAAGAAUGUGUUCAAGAAUGAUAAGACCAAAGUCUUGGGGUGCGAAAGAGAUUUUAUGUUUUUUCGCACCCCAAAGUCUUUGGUAUUUAUAAGACCAAAGUCUUGAUCUAUGAUAAGAAAAAGUUUUAAUGAUCUAUGUUUUCUUGUCUAUACAGCCUGAACACUAGAAGUACACACACUUUUUCUACCCCCAAAACAGGUCCCAAUGGCAGAUUCAAUCCUCUUUGGGAUUGCACAGAACAUCAUUAAAAACAUAGAUUCUGAAGUUGUGCAAGAGCUUGGAUCCAUAUGGGGGUGUAACUGGGGAGCUUUCGGAACUUAAAAAAACCAUUUUAACAAUCAAAGAUGUACUUCUUGAUGCUGAGGAGAAGAAGAACCAUGACCACCGGGUCAGAAUCUGGCUCAAGAGGCUUGUAGAUGUAGUUUACGAGGCUGAUGACUUGAUGGAUGAUUUCUCCCCUGAAGCUUUGCAGCAACAACUGAUGAAUGGAAGUAAUAUGGGCAAGAAGGUACGCACUUUCUUCUCAUCCUCAAACCAACUUGUGUUUCGUCGCACCAUGGCUCAUAAAAUAAAAGACAUCAAUUAUAGGCUAGCUGCGAUUGGUGGUAAUCGCACGGACUUCCAUUUGGAGGUGCGCCAUGUGGAGUCUAGAGUUGUCCUUGGAGCUAGGGAGCAAACUUACAUACCUGAAGAAGAAGUUAUUGGGAGGGAGAGUGCUAGAGAGGCCAUCCUAGACCUUUUGUUAGAUCCCAAAGUUGAAAAGGAUGUGUCAGUUUUGCCAAUAGUGGGUUUGGGAGGUAUAGGGAAAACCACACUUGCUCAAAUCGUGUAUAACCAUAAGAAGGUUCAAACAAAUUUUGAUUUAAAAAUUUGGGUGUGUGUCUCUGACAGUUUUGAUGUGAAAUCUCUUGUUGAGAAAAUUAUUAAAUCAGCAACUAAUCAUUGUGAAGAGAACCAAGAGAUGGGUCAACUGCUAAGGAAACUUCAAAUGGAGAUAAAUGGAAAGCGUUAUUUCCUUGUACUUGAUGACGUAUGGAAUGAGGAUAAACAAAAAUGGAUAGAAUUGGAAAGCUUGUUGUCAAGUGGUGCGAAAGGGAGUAGAAUAAUCAUAACCACCCGUAGUCUAAGAGUUGGUAAGAUUACUACUAGCACAAUGGAACCAUAUAUGUUAAGGCCUUUGGAUAAAGUUAACUCAUGGUCUUUGUUUAAAAAUGUGGCUUUUAAGCUUGGGCACGAGCCAAACAACCCCAACACGAAGAAAGCUGCAAUGGAAAUUGUCGAUAGGUGCGCAGGUAUUCCUCUUGCCAUUAGGACAAUUGGAAAAAUGUUGUAUUUCAAAAAUCCAGAAGCUGAGUGGUCCUCUUUUCUUGAAAUGGAUUUCUCAAAGAUGCAUCCAAGUGAGAAUGAUAUUUUACCAGCACUCAAACUCAGUUACGAUAACCUCCCAUCAAAUUUGAAACAUUGUUUUGCCUAUUGUAGUCUAUUUUUAAAAGAUCAUGAUAUUGUUGUUGAAGACUUGAUAAAACUUUGGAUGGCACAAGGAUUUAUUGAGUCAUCACCUUCAAGUCAAUCUUUGGAGGAGGUGGGUUAUUGGUAUUUUGAUGAAUUACUUAGUUACUCAUUCUUUCAAGAAGUAAAAACAAAUAAUAGGACAAAAAAAGUAGAAUGCAAAAUGCAUGACCUCAUGCAUGACCUUGCAACAUAUGUAGCAGGAACCGAGUGUGCUACAUGGGAUUUUGAUAGAGAAAAUAUCGAUGGAAGAAUUCGGCAUGUAUCUUUCGCUUCUGAUUUAGUUUCAUCAGGUCGGUUUCCAACUUUUUUGAGCAAGGAAAAUAGGAUUCGGACAAUUCUUUUUCCUCAACCAUCUUGGCGUUCAAAUAUGUUAAGUUGGGAUGCAAUUGUUUAGGUCUUCAUAACUCUGGGCUUAAGACAGUGCCAAAUUCCAUUGGGAAGUUGAAGCAUUUAAGGUAUCUUGAUCUUUCUGCGAAUGGGGAUAUCAAGUCACUACCAAAUUCAAUUACCGACCUGCAGUAGUUGCAAACGAUGAAACUCUCAUUUUGCUAUAGUUUUCAAGAAUUUCCAAGAGAUUUUAAUAAAUUAGUGAAUCUCAGACAUUUGGAGAAUGAGGGAUGUGAUAGCUUGACUCAUAUGCCAAGUGGGCUAGGAAAAUUAACCAACCUUCGCACUUUAAACAAUUUUGUAUUGAAGAAGCGGCUUAAUGGUCAGUUUUCCGGUGGGCUAAAAGAAUUAAUGAAACUGACCAACUUGAGAGGACAGUUGAGCAUAAGAAACUUGAGACAUGGAGACGAUGCGAGCACAGAAUAUGAGGCUGCAAAAUUGAAUGAAAAACAAAAUCUGCAUCACUUAAACUUAUAUUGGUCAAAUAGAAGCAGUGAUGAUGAUAUUGAUGCACGGGAGGUAGAUGAUUAUGAAAUUUCGUUGGAAAGCCUGCAACCACACCCAGAUCUUGAAGCAUUGUCUUUGUUUGAUUAUUGGGGUGUUAGACUUCCAGACUGGCUUCCCAGCCUUACAAAACUUGACACAUUGUGCUUGAGAAAAUGCCACAAAAUCCAAGAUUUAAUGCCACUGACUCAACUCCCUUUUCUUAAAUCAUUGGUGUUGUUUAAGAUGUAUUCUUUGCAGUAUAUUUCAAAUGAUAAAGUAGAUUCACCAACACCGCUACUGUCAACGUUACAAAGCCUUGAGCUUCGAGACUUGCCCAUUAUAAAGGGAUGGUGGAAGGACGUUGGUGAAGAAGAAGAAGAAGAAGAUAUACCUCCAUUCGAAUGUCUUUCUGAAUUAACUAUUAGGGAUUGCCCCCAAUUGACUUCCAAUAUGCCACUUUAUGCCACUUUACCCCUAUCUUCAAGAACUUGCAUUGACUGAUAAUUAUAGGUUGAAGACUUUCCAACGAACGCAACAGAUGAAGAUGAUGGAUCCUUUCUCUCCUUUCUCACAGUUGACUACUCUCAAAGUUGAAAGGAUGGAGAAUCUACAAUCGCUGUCAGAGGUGUUAACGAGCCUCAUUUCUCUCAAGUAUCUUUCGGUUGGGGAGUGUCCAAAAUUAAAGUUCUUUUGUGAUGGUAUUCAACAUCUCACCUGUCUUCAAGAACUACAGAUUCGCAAUUGCCAAGAGCUGGUUGACAUAUAUGAUGACGGUGAAGGGAAUAUGUGGCAAGCUCUUAAAAGCCUUCGUAUUCUAGAGUUUAGUGGUCUUCCAAGACUGGAAACUCUCCCUGACGGGCUUCAACAACUUACCUCCCUCGAGAAGCUUAGUUUGUGUAGGUGUAAGAGUUUGGUGGACAUUCCACAAUGGAUCCACAACCUCAAGUCACUUCAAGAGCUUCACAUCUGGGGGUCCGACAAAUUGACAUCACUACCUAAAGAAGGAAUGCGUCAGCUCACCUCUUUGCAUACACUUACAAUUGGUGAUUGCCUCUUCUACAGCUGUGAUGAGGAUUUUUAUCGGCUAGAUCUUCAAAGCCUUCGUAUUCUCGAGUUUACUAAUCUUCCACGGCUAGAAGCUCUCCCUGCCUUCCUACUACAACUUACCUCCCUCCAAGAGCUUAGAUUGCAUUACUGUAACAGUUUUGUGGGUAUUCCAGAACGGAUAUUCGACAACUUUCGAUCGCUACUUCAAAAGCUUGACAUUUGGGAUUCCCACAAAUUCACAUCACUACCAGUUGAAGUCAUGCACCAGCUCACCUCUUUGCAACAUCUUUCUAUUAGAGAUUGUCCUAACUACGACGGUGGUGAUGGGAAUGAGUGGCAGGCUCUUCAAAGCCUUCGAUUUCUCCACUUUGAAGAUCUUCCCCAACUGGAAACUCUCCCUGCCGGCCUACAACGAGUUAUCUCCCUCAACAAGCUUACAUUGGAUUGUUGCAAGAGUUUGGUGGGUAUUCCAGGAUGGAUCGGUAACCUCAAAUUACUUCAAGAUCUUACCAUUUCUGGGUGCUCCAACAGUUUGACAUCCCUACCUGAAGGAAUGCGUCAGCUCACCUCUUUGCAAGAACUUUAUAUCAGUCAUUGUCUUUUCUACAAGGGAGAUGGGAAUAUGUGGCAAGGUCUUAAAAGCUUUCGCAUUCUCUGGUUUAGUGAUCUUCCACAGCUGGAAACUCUCUCUAAGGGGCUACAACAACUUACUUCCCUCGAGGAACUUAGAUUGUAUAACUGUAACAGUUUGGUGGGUAUUCCAGAAUGGAUAGGCAACCUCAAAUCACUUCGAACGCUUACUAUUUGGGGGUGCAGCAAUUUGACAUCACUACCUGAAGGAAUGCGUCAACUCACCUCUUUGCAGACGCUUUCUAUCAGGGAUUGCCCUGUCUUAAAGCAAAGAUGUGAAAGGGAAACGGGAGGCGAGGAUUGGCAUAAGGUUUCUCAUAUCCCACGCUUGUAUUUGUUUGGUGCACAACUACAACCAUCCACUUCUUCUUCAGCAGCUCGUGGCAAGAUAUUUAAGACUGUCAGGAGAUUGCAAUUGUGCAAUAAAUGAGAAUUCUCACAUCCCCAAGCCUUGUACUACUCUUUUCGUUGUUUCAAAACCAUUCACUUCUUCAGGUAACCGAAAAAAAUAAAAUAAAAUAAUCAUUUAUCAAGCAUGGUUCUUUUUUCCAUCUUUCGUCAAUAUC